AUGCCAUGCUGUCAGCUGUGUCAUUUUAAGAGCCGUCGUGACGCAGCGUUUGCGAGUCAAACGAGGUCGCAGGCAAAUGGCCCCCGCUUGAUACGAAGGGCACAAGAACCCAAGGCGAGCAAGGAAAAAGGGAGAGACGAGACAGUAGUCGUGGGCGGGCCGGAUUUUGAGCCCUCGGAUCGUUUAAGGGUCGAGGCUCUGGGAGGAGAAAAGGGCUACGUCGAUUGCACCGACAAGACCGUCCGAGGAGAUGCCAACCUCCUCGAGUUCCGUGUGUCGGGAUUUUAUGGGUACUUUUGGAAGAAAGGCAGGAACGCCCUUGGUCCCUCAGACUUCAAUAGUCACGCGGCCGCCCCAUUCCCUUCCCGUUGCGGAAGGAAGGAUACAUACCGUACCCCAAAUAUUUGUGAUAGCACGCAAAAGAUCUUUUUACCCCGUACUCUUUUUAGUGCAAAUGACACUUGUGGGCGUUGUGAUGAGCAGCUGCAGCUCAAGACAUGUCAAGUCUGGAAGGAAUGGCGGUACCCCGAUUAUGCCAAUGUUUCUUUGAGUUUCAUCAACUAUAACUUAAAGGAAAUUGUCACUUAUGAGGCCGAGGGGAUCCGCUUUAUUCCGUAG